AUGUCGAGGUAUGAUCACUUUUGCGAAACGUUAUUUCACCAAUUGAAAAAUUGGAAUAAACCAGAAAGUAUUGUUAUUUAUCAUAGGGGUUAUGUUUUUCACCAUGUUUGUGCGUAUGUUAGUGCGGCUAUGGAUCGUAGACAUUGUUAUAUGAGAGUUGUAUUACAGAAUCGACGUUGUCUUAUAAGAGAGUCUGUAAUGGAAUUAAAAUAUAAUUGUCAGGAAAGGAAUAGUUACGAUAUACAGUUUUAUUUUCCGGGUUAUUAUGGUGGUUUAUGUGGUGUUUUUCAUGAAGAAUGUUACAAGGCUGUACAACAAUUUUAUAAGGAUGCUAGCAUGUGUAGUUUGGAACAAAUUUGCAUAAAUAUUUUCCAACGUUGCAACGGUGCAAUAGUUAGCGAAACUUUAAUAAAACAACAAGUGGAAUAUUAUAAAUGUGACAGUAUUCUUAUGGAAUUGGAUCAUAGUGGUAAAGCUGUUCCCCCAAAAUAAAAAUAAAUUAUUUUUUCUAUGUUGUAGUUCCGAUGAAACAAAAGAUAUUGUUGUUCAGCUACCUUGCGAUACAGUUCUUGAUGAUGAACCGUUGAGAGUAUUAUAGAUUAUAGCUAGUGAUUAUAAGUUUUUCGAUUUUUAUUUACGUGUGGCUCGAGAGCAAAAGAUACAGUUGGCGGGUGGUCGUUUAUGGCCAACUGUAGUUAUAGACGGUGUUCUGAGAACAAUACCCAGUUUUUAUAUUUAUCUUAUAGCUGUGACUAAAUGUGAUAACGGUGAUCGCUAUAUAACUAUUGGCGUCAUACACUGGUUGUUUGGGAUUUAUGCUGAAUUGGAGAUUGAUUACCGCAUCUAUCCUGAAUCGUUUAAACCUAAACCCGAGUGGAAAGUUUCACCUCUAUAUUUACCGUCUGUGACGUUUGAUAGUCUUGGUUUUGAUAUUGAUUAUACUGAUCAUCAGCAAUUAACAGUUCGCGAAGCGAAAGAUUUUGUCGCUGGUGUGGUAGAUACUUUAAUUACAUUUAUAAAUGAGAAUUAUCAGACAGAUUUUCAGACAGUGACCGCUGAGUUUGAAAAGCAGCAUGGGAUGCUUGUAUCAAAACGUUUGACACAGAUUAUGAUAUAUCAUCAAAAAUUGGUUCAUCCUGUACAGGAUUGGAUAAUAAAGAAUUGUGGUUGCACACGAAACGACCAAAUUUGUCAUUGCGGAUUGUAUACGAAACGUGAUAUAGUUAGAUGUAGAAAAUUGUACUUUAAAGACGCAGGACUAUUGGUUAGUGAUGCGGUGUACUUUACCACCCCGAGAUAA